AUGAUCAACAAGUAUAAGGAAGGCGACUUGGUUUGGAUUCUACACGAGUCAAGGAGAGCAGGGUCAGCGCCAAAGUUGGAAAGGAACUACAAGGGACCUUUUAUAGUGACCUCAUGCCUAUCAGACGUCACAUUUUUGAUCCAGAUGGACCAGAAUGGCUACAAGAGGGUAGUAAAUCAUGACAAGCUGAAGCCAUAUGAGGGAGAAAAACCCCCAAAUUGGACACAGAGAGAGGUCGCAUUGAGUCUCACAUCUAUAAGCAUCACGUGCAGUUGGACCGUGUACCAUAUAGCUGCAGCCAGUGCAUGUUCCAUUGUACGAGUCAGGAACAGUUUGAUCGCCAUCAUGGAGGUUUUUGGUAACAGUUUGGGGAAAUGUAGGUGCAGAGGAGGUGCAGAGGAAGACUCAGGUGAUGGAAUGGCUAGAGAAGAAGUGCGGAGCAAGAUUACAGGAGAUGGUAACAAGGAGAGAGAUAGGAGCAGAAGCAGGAGCAAGGAUGAAGCAGUAGAUGACAGGAUAGGAGGCAGCGAGAGUCUGGAUUCGAGAGGAGGGCAGGGCGACAGAACAGGUAGGAGCAGGAGCAGAGAUCGGGAUGAACGGAUGAAAGAGAAUGUCAAGGAGCAUAGGGUGGAAAGAAUCAACUGGAGGAGUAGAAGUAGGAGCGGUGAACGGAUACGUAGAGAGAGAGAGGGAGUUACACAAGGUCAGCAGGGAGAUUGUAGGAAGGGCGGAAGUGAAAAGAACUAUAGGUGUAAAGAGGGGAACAGAGAUACAAGACGAAAUGUGCAGCAACAGAGGCGUGACAGGAGUAGAAGUAACUGUAGAAGGGACAGGAGCAGGGAGAGGACUGGAGGUAGGCAGGAGAGAAGGCCGGAACAUGAGAGGAGUAGUUAUAGCAGUAAUGGGAACAGGAGCAGAGAGAGAACUGUAGAUAGACGGGAGGAAAGACGACAUGAUAGAAGCAGAGGCGAUGUCAGGAGCGGAGAGAGAGAUGAAGCUAUUAGAGUACAGGACCGCGCACAGCAGGGUCGUGACAGGAGGAGCGAAAGCAGGGACGAGGGCACAAGGGAGAGAUGGGACAGGACGAAGAACGAGAGAAGAGACUGAGAUCAUAUAUAUAUUUUUGUAAUAUAGCUGUUGAUGUAUUUGUCUGUAUAUAUGCAUAUCUGAUUUAUUUUUUUUUAUUUAUUUUUUUUUGUUAAUCGGGAAUAACAUUUUUGAACAGUAAAGUUUCUGCAAUAUUCAUAAUUCUAGGCAUUUUCCAGUUCUGAUAUGAUAUUAUUGAAAGUUAUGUUAAAUUGAUUUGUUAACCUUGAAUUGAAUGUUCUUUAACCAUGUUGUUAUUGUAUACUCCUGAUAAUUGUAGUGGCAGUUGGAACUUUGCCACUUUAGGUGGGGGGUAAUGUAGUACCCGUACCCCACCCACUGUUUUUUCCAUUACGUUGUAUUUUUUCUGAGGUUUCAUAUUAUUCAUGUAUAAUCAAAAGAUAAAUAAGGUAUUGCAUAUCAAGUAGAUGGUUACCUUUUAUCUGUCUGAAGAUUUAAAAUAGUUAAUACUUAUUGUUCUGCUGCAUAUUUUCAGUAAAUAUUUUUUACCCUAGUCAAUAUUGUAUUUACAGCGGCCAUAUUGUUCCGGUCUCGUUUUUUCUCAUCUGACGUUAUUUGUUCGUGAGCGCUAUUUUUAGCUCAAAAGUUAUUCACCCACCAAAUUUGAAUUGAUAAAUUCAUUUAAAGGUAAUUAUAGACAUUCUUGUUAGCAACUUUAUGAUAAAUUGUCCAUUUAAUUAUUAUUCAUUUCUGUGUAUUUACAUGUAUAAGAUUUUGUAUGCAUUUGUUGCAACGUUACACAGUUGGAAGCCUGACAUUGUUGGAGACCCUUUGGUGCCUCUUCCAACAAUGUUGGAACGUCCAACAGCGUUCGUUGGGAUGUUGGACUGUUGGAAAUUGUAGGGGCUAUAUAUAGGCGUGGUCGGCCAUUUUGGGGCACUUCCACAUUUUCAACUUUUAAGAGCGCCAUAUUCUUCAGUAUCUUUGAUUUGUUUUAAGGUUUAAUUAAAAUCUGGAAUCGUAUUACUUCGGAAACUCAAGUAAAGGUAGAUAGCUUGUUUUUUAAUGCAUAUGGUGCUCAUUUAUUAAUUUUAAAGAUUAGUUUUGAGUUUUGUAGGCACUUGAUAUAGUACUUAGAUAGAUUUUUUUUUUUAAUUACUUCAGUUCAGAAUUUUCUAAAA